ACUUUUACCUGCUGAAAAGAAAAUAGCUCCGCCAAAAACAGAUUCUAAUCACGGGCAUUUCUAUGCAACUAAUUUCUAAAUCUAGGAAACCCAAUGACCUACGUGAUCUGCAAAUUUUUUAAUGAUCUUGUGACACCGAUUCUACUUAUCGCCGAUACUCAUUGAAAUUGUUUAAAAAACCGGUAGUCACGUGACUUAAAUCCGACAAAUUAUUCGCACUGGCGCCACGAUCCACGAUGAAGCUUUAUCUAAUCUUAAUUCAACAUUACUUAAUAAAAAAAUGGCGAGUUGGACUAGCAGCGCAAACACAACUACCGAUAAGUAACAAUAACAAAAAAUUUACCAAAAACACUUGGAAGAAAUAAGGAAAAAGCAACGUGCCACGACCAGGUCGCGAAUCGAACUGCAUCUCUAAUCUUUCGAAAUUCUAAUCUUUUAUACUUUUUCGCAAAUGUUGGCGAUUUGUUUUUGUUUGGCAACGUAGCGGGCGUAUGGCAUCAGUGUGUAGCCUUUGACAGUAAAUGUGAAAACAGCUGUUCUACGAUAAAAUAAUUGUUUUGAGAAUUUGACUGUUGUUUUGAAAGUUGUCUUCGCAAAAAGGUGGGAAAAAUUUCCGGCUUACUACAGACCUACUCUCCGGUUUCAAGAUGGAUCGCGUAAAAAAUGAACGUCGGCCAUCAGUUUUCCCAAAUCGACCAUGGAUGAUGAGUCUUGGAGCAGCUGCUGCUGGUGGAGAAGGAAAUAAGGGGUUAAAAGGCAUUGUGGCAGGUGGAAUCACUGGUGGAAUUGAAAUUUGCAUUACAUUUCCAACUGAGUUUGUCAAAACCCAAUUGCAGCUGGAUGAAAAGGGUGGAAAGCGAAAAUACGAUGGAAUCGCUGAUUGCGUCAAGAAAACAGUUCGCAAUCAUGGAUUCUUCGGGCUUUAUCGUGGACUCUCAGUUCUUCUCUAUGGCUCCAUUCCAAAAUCGGCCGUUAGAUUCGGAGCUUUCGAAGAGUUUAAAAAGCGCAGUGUCGAUGCCAACGGAAAUUUAUCACCUGGUAAACGUCUGCUGUGUGGUUUGGGCGCUGGUGUGGCAGAAGCCAUUUUCGCCGUGACGCCCAUGGAGACAGUUAAGGUCAAAUUCAUCAACGAUCAACGAUCUGCCAAACCCCAGUUCAAAGGUUUCUAUCAUGGUGUAAGAACAAUCAUCAAAAAUGAAGGCAUCCGAGGAACCUACCAAGGUCUGACGGCUACGAUCAUGAAGCAAGGGUCCAAUCAAGCCAUCCGCUUCUACGUGAUGGAAACGUGUAAAGACUGGUAUCGUGGUGGUGACUCGAAAAAAACUGUGCCAAAACUCGUAGUGGGUGCUUUUGGUGCCGUCGCUGGAGCUGCGUCCGUUUUUGGCAACACACCGAUAGACGUCGUCAAGACCCGCAUGCAGGGUCUAGAAGCUUCCAAGUACAAAAAUACCAUGGAUUGCUUCAUCCAAAUUUGGAAGAAUGAAGGUCCAAGAGCUUUUUACAAGGGAACGGUUCCACGAAUGGGCCGCGUCUGCCUGGAUGUAGCAAUCACUUUCAUGAUUUACGACUCAUUCAUGGAUCUUUUCUCAAAAAUGUGGAAGUAAGAAGUAUCCGGUCAACGAGGAAAUGUAACGCACGACUUUGCCUUGAUGUCAUGUUUCCAGAUGUCGUGUUAAGUUUGUAGUUUUGAUGGUUUAGUUUCGAGAACUCGCCGGCUUUUUUUUUCAUUUUUUAAAACACAGACUCAAAGAAUUCUUAUGCACAAAAUCAAAGUUUUAGAUUGUUUAUCUACCGGUGAUUUGCUGGAGAUAAUUUUGUUAUUUUCUUUUUUUUUAGAGAUGUGUUAGAUGUUUUUUUGCUUUUCUCAAACAAGGUUGUGGGGAUUCCAAAUAGGGGGGUUUUAUUCCAGAAAAUGUGUGAAUUAUUCUACUCUUUCAUUCUGUACGAGCAUUCCGAAAGCCCGGUCAUCAGUGUCUGCAAUGUUUUGUUUACUAUUAUGAUGUUGGAUGUUACACAAAUUGUUCUGCGCACACAUCAUAAUAAUAUCGCACAGCCGUCCCCUUUUGGAAUUGCGACUAAAUGUUGAACAUUUAUAUACACUGUAUUAUUGCCGCGACGCUACAAUACAGCAAUGAAAAUCGA